UUACAGUUGGGAAAAUCCGACACGGGACAUGUGCAUCUGUACAGAACCGACCUUAAUACCGAAGGGACGUAUAGAUGCGAGGUAUCAGCAGAGGCUCCUUCUUUCCAGACAGUACGAGAUGAGAAAGAAUUGAGGAUUUAUGUGUUACCAGAGGAUGGCCCAACAAUAACCGGCAUAAAACCACAAUACCAAAUUGGAGACGAAGUAAACGUCACGUGCUCGGCAGGACCUUCAAAACCAGCAGCAACACUAAAGUGGUACAUCAAUGGCAAAGAGGCACCCGUAUCGUACGAAACAAGAACAAGACCCCUGAGACACAAAGACAGGUUACAGAUUUCUACCCUGGGGUUGAACUUCGAAGCUAGGCCUGUCCACUUCUGGAAUGGAUCUAUGAAAUUGCGCUGCACUGCUGUUAUAUCUCAAGCAUAUUCUAUGAGUAGCGAAGAAAUCAUUGUUGGUGAUAACGCUCGUGCCUCAGGCUUUCAUUCUGGUUUACUUGGAGACGGGCCAACGAUUACGGGUGGUAAACCAAAAUAUCAAGUAGGUGACGAAGUGAACGUCAAUUGCACCUCUGCCAAGUCGAAACCGCCAGCAGAACUAUUAUGGUUCAUCAACGAUCAACCUGUCAUAAACGACAGACGAGGGAGAACCAAGCUUACCCAUUAUCCAACUAUGAAGUUCUCGGACGGGUUAGAGGUCAACAUUCUAGGUCUUAAUUUCCGUGUACAGUCGGACCACUUUCAGAAAGAGGAGAUGAGACUCAAAUGCACAGCAACUUUAUCAAAGGUGAUCAAUAUGAGCAGCGAAGAAACUAUAGUAGGAAGCAGCCAGCAAAGUUCUGGAUUGCAUAUUUCUGAAAACACGGGAGCAGUACGCAAUAGGGCAACAUCGACCAUGCUGACGAUACCUGUGCUCAGUAUUCUAAUCGCCUUCUUGUCGUAGCCCAACGUAGCUGCAUCAGUGACAGUGCCUAGUUAAAGGCGUUCAAGAAAAUGACCGCCAAAGAAUCGGGACCCCAGGUGACCCUAGUCACUCAAUGUGCCAGAUUUCAGUUGAAGUUUCAUCAUCUCUUCUUCCAACUGUUACUUUUCGUUGGGCCCGCUCGCUGUUCUAAACAAUAUUAAAAAUUAAUCAGGAGGACAUUCAACCCGGACCAAACACGAGGUCACUACAGGUCAGACUUAUCACUCUGUGCCUCCCAGAAGGGGUUUCAAUUGGUGUGGAGCGCCGUAGCCCUGUCUACAUCUACAAUAUACAUAUUAUAUAUUAUAUA